AUGGGUCUUGCAGAAACUUUUGGAGGGUUGAAGAGACGCCACAAUAACAAUUCACAGUCAUCGGAAGAUGCUGAUCAGACCGAACACGAUCCGAUGGAAGAAUCUGAAGAUGAAGACGACAUUUCAGAUUCAGGCUCGGAAGAUGAGAAGAAGAAGAAGAAGAACAGAAGACCCAAGGUUAACUCGUUCACACAGCAGAAGCUCAGGGCAGUUCAUCCAAUUCUCACGCCGAAAAAUGUGAUUCCUGCGUUAAUCGCUAUGGCCGUUGUCUUUGUUCCUCUUGGAGCUGCCAUGUUCUAUGGUGCUCACAAAGUGGAGCAGUUAAUCAUUGAUUACAGUCAAUGCGAGAACCUGGCCAGUUAUGAUUAUUACUCCGAAGUACCUGAAAAAUACUUGAAAUAUCAUUUCUCCAAAGAGAUGAAUGUUACUGCUCAGUGGAAGUUGAAUACCAACAGUUCCUCUAUAUGGGAUGAUUAUCCUGAUGACAGAGCCAUCUGCCAGCUUCAGUUCCAGAUACCCAAUGAUAUUGGUCCUUCCAUUUUCUUCUUUUAUAUGCUCAGAAACUUCUAUCCUAAUCACAGAAGAUUUGCAUCAUCUUUCAGUGAGGACCAAAUCUUGGGCAAAAGAGCCAGUAUCUCUGAUGUUAAAAAUACCGAGGGACAGAAUUGUAAACCAUUGUCUGUUGACGAUGCUACGGGAAAGCUUAUAUAUCCGUGUGGAUUGAUUGCCAACUCCUUGUUUAACGACACCUAUUCCAUUUUGAACGCUGUGAACGACACUACUGAUGACUAUAUGCUAUACAGAGAGGGAAUAGCAUGGGGAUAUAACAAGGGCCGGUUCAAGAAGACCAAGUACAGUCCUGAUGAGGUUGUUCCUCCUCCUAACUGGAUCAAAAUGUAUCCGAAUGGCUACAAUUCUACAAACAUGCCAAACAUUGCUGACUGGCCUGAGUUACAGAACUGGAUGGCCCCAGCAGCACUUACUCCUUUCUCAAAAAUGGUGGGUCGUAAUGAUGAUGAUAAGUUGACUAAGGGUACCUAUGAGGUUUCAAUCGGCCUUCACUUUCCUGUUCUUCCUUACGACGGCCAUAAAUACAUCUAUCUUUCCACCAGAUCUGUCAUAGGUGGAAGAAAUACUUUCUUGGGAAUAUGCUGGAUGGUGGGAGGAUGCGUUUGUAUUCUAUUGGCUGUAGGCUUUGCCAUUGUUCAUCUUGUGCAUCCCAGAAAGUUGGGGGAUCCCUCUCUUUUCUCUUGGAGUGAGGAGAACCAGGCUGAAGAAGCUGCUAGGCUGAACGCCAAAGUGAAGGCGGCUACAGAAGCAGCAGCAGCAGCGGAUGCUGAUACGAGACCGAAAGAGUCUUCUUCUUCUUCUUCAUAA